UAAAGGGCGUCUACUGUAUAGUGACCAAUAGUUGGUUCUUCAAACUACUCCCUUUUUUCUAGUAAAAUACACUCUUCUCUCCUCCUCUCUUCGCCUGAUCACCAUGGCAGCAGCUACUUCACUUCUCUCUGCUAUCACAAGAAGACUAGAAGGAAAGGUGGCCUUAAUCACCGGCGGAGCGAGCGGCAUUGGAAAAUGCACAGCAAAAGUCUUCGCCGAACAUGGGGCCAAGAUUGUAAUUGCGGACCUGCAAGAUGAAUUGGGCCAAUCCCUCACCCAGGCCUUAGGCCCAUCAAACUCAACCUAUGUCCACUGUGAUGUCACCAACGAGGCCCAAGUGAAAAACGCCGUUGACAAAGCAGUAUCUACCUACGGAAAGUUAGACAUUAUGUUCAACAAUGCUGGCAUCAGUGACGAGAACAAGGCUCGCAUAAUCGACAACGAAAAAUCUGAUUUCGAGCGCGUACUCAGCGUUAAUGUCACCGGUGUUUUUCUAGGGAUUAAGCACGCAGCUCGGGUUAUGGUCCCGGCGCGUAGGGGCAGCAUAAUAUCAACUGCUAGUGUAAGCUCUAGAGUUGGUGCUGCUGCCACUCAUGCUUAUUGUUGUUCCAAACAUGCUGUGUUAGGACUAACAAAGAAUGCGGCAACUGAGCUGGGGCAGUUUGGGAUUAGAGUGAAUUGCCUGUCGCCUUAUGGGCUGGCGACGCCAUUAGCGAAGAAAUUUGUUGGUUUGGAUGAUGAAGGACUAGAGAAUGUGAUGGACUCGCUAGGUAAUUUGAAGGGUGUGACUCUAAAAGCUGAAGAUGUUGCGGAUGCUGCUCUUUUUCUAGCAAGUGAUGAAGCCAAAUAUGUGAGCGGACACAAUCUCUUCCUAGAUGGGGGUUUUACUAUCUAUAAUCCGUCCUUCAACAUGUUCCAGUACCCAGAUGCUUGAAUGUAUUUGUCACAAUUUAUCAGUAACUUUUACUUGCAGCAUUGUUUAGAGUUGGAAAAAUUUUCAACUGAUUCGUAACAACUGGGUAAUUAGGAAUCAGUUGAAGAAUUCUAGUCCCCUGUAUUAAAAUUCUAAUACUCUAUUUUUGUUGAAGAAGUAAGUAAGUGAGGAACUCUCACGUCCCAUUCAA